CUUAUUGUUUACAAAAAAUAAGGUUACAAAAUAACAUGCGCCCGCCGGCGAAACCACACCACGCGCGCUUUUGUCGAUUCUCGUAGUAGCAUGUAUACGCUAUGUGAAUACAGACCAAUCCAGAAAAAUGGCAGCAGCGAUGAGAUUGCAGCGUGUAAUUCGACUCGGGAAAACCUUUCUUUUCCCUCCAGUAACAAAAGUCAACAAAUUGUACAGUCAACACUCAUUAACUAGGUAUAGGCAAAAUGUAUCAGAAGCACUAUUGAACAAGCAAGUGAGAUUUAUUUCUUCACAAGUAGAACCAAAAAAUGAAACAGAGUCGGAAGAUCAUACUAUUAUUAAGGAUACUGAGAAAGCUAUAGGUGAAACUUCUAAACAUGAAUUCCAGUCUGAAACACGCAUGCUGUUAAAUAUUGUAGCAAAGUCUCUAUACUCUGAUAAAGAGGUAUUUAUUCGAGAGCUUAUUUCUAAUUCAAGUGAUGCCCUAGAAAAGUUAAGAUAUUUGAGAACAGCAGAGAACUUGUCUGUUGAAGAAGGUGGAGAUAGAAGUUUAGAAAUUCAUAUUGCCACAGAUAAACAAAAUCGCACAAUUACUAUUCAAGAUACUGGCAUUGGAAUGAAUCGAGAAGAUUUGAUUUCAAAUUUGGGAACCAUUGCUCGUUCUGGAUCAAAAGCCUUCUUAGAGCAGUUAAAAGAUAAAAAAGGAGCAGAUGAAGCAUCUAAUAUUAUUGGUCAAUUUGGGGUAGGAUUUUACAGUGCUUUCAUGGUAGCUGACAAAGUUGAAGUCUUCACUAAGUCAUACAAAAAAGAUUCAGAAGGUCUCUACUGGGUUUCUGAUGGAUCUGGCUCAUAUGAAAUUUCAAAUGCUGAGGGCGUUCAGCCUGGUACCAAAAUUGUGAUUCAUUUACGUUCUGACAGUCGCGAGUUCAGUGACGACGAAGUCAUCAGUGACAUUAUUCAAAAGUAUAGUAAUUUUGUUGGAAGCCCCAUUUUCGUCAAUGGAAAGCGAGCGAACACUUUACAAGCGUUAUGGAUGAUGGACACGAAAGAUGUAACAAUUGAACAGCACACACAGUUUUACCGUUUCAUUGGCAACUGUCACGACGAACCAAGAUUCACACUUCAUUACUCAACCGACGUUCCUAUAAGCAUACGAGCGCUUUUAUAUUUUCCUGAAGCCAAACCGGGUCUUUUUGAUUUAGCCAGAGAUUCCACCAUUGGAGUUUCACUUUACAGUCGUAAAGUGCUGAUUCAAAAUAAGGCUGAAGAUAUUUUACCGAAAUUUCUUAGAUUUGUUAAAGGAGUUGUUGACUCCGAAGAUAUUCCAUUGAAUCUUAGUAGAGAAUUGCUGCAAAACAGCACUUUGAUAGCGAAAUUGAGGAGUGUUUUAACGUCUCGUAUUAUAAGAUUUUUGCAAGAUCAGGCCAAGAAGAAUCCAGAAGAGUAUUUGAAAUUCUAUACAGAUUAUGGCACUUUUUUUAAAGAAGGAAUUAUUACAAGCACAGAUGAUACUGGAAAGGAAGAAAUUGCCAAACUUUUGAGAUACGAAAGUUCCAACAAACAUCCAGGUGAUGUGCUUAGCCUUCCUGAAUAUUGCGAAAGACUUGCGAAGGAGCAAAAAUAUAUUUACUAUCUAUCUGCUCCUAAUCGAACUUUGGCUGAACAAUCACCUUAUUACGAAUCAUUUAAAAAACGUAACUUGGAAGUUUUGUUCUGUUAUGAAUCGUAUGAUGAGCUUGUUUUGAUGCACCUACAUCGAUUCAAAUCCUAUGACAUUAUAUCCGUUGAAAAAGACAUGCACGAAGACGCAAUGAAACAAGACAAAGAAAAGACAGCUUUAAUCAAUGAAGAUGAAAUCAAAGAUCUUACUAAUUACAUGAAAAGAAUUUUGAAAAGUAAAGCUCACGACGUCAAAGUAACUGAUCGCUUGGAAUCUCAUCCCUGUGUUGUUACCGUUCAAGAUAUGGCAGCAGCCCGGCACUUCAUUCGUACGAAAAGCCAUCAAUUUGACGAUCAAAUGCGUUACAGUCUUCUGCAGCCUAGAUUAGAAAUCAAUCCAAACCAUCCGCUGAUAAAAAAACUUCUAAAAUUGAAAACUUCUGAUGAAGAGAUUGCUAAGCUGUUGACUGACCAGCUCUUCACGGGAGCAAUGAUCAAUGCUGGUUUGGUAGAGGAUUCACGAGGUCUACUGUUAUCAAUGAAUCAACUGUUGACUUUAAUUUUCGAGAAACAAAAAGAUUAAAUUACUUAAAUAGUUAUAUUUAAACAAGUAAGCUUAACAUACGUUUCAUUUGUAAAUAUUUUAUCAAGAAGUAUAAAUAUAAUUUUUUACAUGAAACUUGUAUUAUAAUAUAUGAAAAAUUUCAUAAUUGGACUAGUAUGACCAAAUAAAAUCUUGUU